AUGGCCCUGGCGCCUGCAUGGGCGCCCUCGUACCGGACAAGCACCCCCAGCCAGAUGUUCGCAGCUGGCCUUUACUUUCUCCUGGCUCCGAGAUGCCAGGCUCUCUGGACAGAGACCUUUGACGUCCUGAUGGCGCCCAUCCAGGAGCUGAUCGACGCCCACAGCCACUGCGGAUGGGCCAAUCCGAUGGAUCUCAAGGUGGUCGCAAGCACCAAGAGCGACUUUGAGGCGCAGAUCGAGAUCCGGGCCGACGGCUGUGGCAACCGCCUCUUGAUGAUGGGCGGCUUCCUGCAGUGCCACAGCGUGGAUGAGCACGUCUACCAUGAGAUGAUGGUCCACCCAGCCCUGCUGACGUUCGCCACCCUGGCCGGGCGGCCACCGCACAGCGUCUUCCUCGGUGGCAGCGGCGACGGCGCUGGGCCGCGGGAACUGCUCCGCUGGCAGAGCCUUAGCAACGUCACCAUGGUGGACAUCGACUAUGAGGUGACGCGAUUUGCUCUCGAGUGGGUGCCCGGCUUCGCCUCCGGCAGCUUUGAGGAUCCCAGGCUGCGCCUCAUCACCGGCGAUGCAUGGAUCCACCUGAAGGAGAUGCCCGAGGAUCAGACAUUUGACAUUCUGAUCCUGGACUUUCCAGAUGCCUUUGAUAGCAAGGAGCUGGAGAAGCUCUACAGCAAAGAGUUCUACAAACUCUGCCGGUCACACAUGCACGACAAGAGCGUCCUCGUGACCCAGAGUGGGCCCUGUGCCGAAGUAACCCGGUCCGGGACAAGAGCGAAAUGCUGGCUGCUGGAAGAGCUGAUCCUUCCCAGCCUCACCGCCGUCUUCGCUCAUGUCACCUAUUCUUUGGUGCACAAGACUCUGCACAGGGCUCGGGAAGGACGUCUUCCUCCACCCAAUGGCCACAUGGAAAGCCGACAAGAAGUUUCCGUCUGA